AUGAGUACUACCGGGAGCCACGCCACCCCCCGCCGCGAGUCCAUGGACUCGUCAGCCUCCUCGUUUCUGGAUGCACACAAGAAUGCGCCCUUUGCAGGUAAGCACCCCAAGGGGUUUGGUGAGAUGGUGGUAGUCCACGGCGUCAGCAUUGCGCAGACGUACCUCCUGCCCGUGCCCCAUCUCCGCCAAUGGCUACCAGAGCAAGACAAGCAAAUGUGCAACCGCCGCAAGCUUGACACGCUCGAUGACGACAGUGCAGGACACAAGAGCACAUACAACAAGAUUAUGGGCGACUCGGACGUGAUUCUAGGCGAUAUUCGCCGUAAUAGCAAGCAAGUGCCGGUGUCACGCGCCUAUGUGCGAGCAGGUCCACGCGCCUGCACGUUCUUCGAUCCUUCCACGGUCAAGGCAGCCAUUGUGACCUGUGGCGGUCUAUGUCCUGGGCUGAAUAACGUCGUGCGGGACGUUACACUCGCUCUAUGGAACCUGUACGGCGUGCGUGAGAUCUACGGCAUUCGAAUGGGCUUUGCGGGGUUCUACAAUUGGGACUCGAUGGACCAGAAGGAGGCUCCUAUCAUGCUGACGCUCAAGUCGGUGGCUAAUAUCCAUCACUAUGGUGGCACGAUCCUCGGCUCCAACCGUGGCGGCUUUGAUCAAGACAAGAUCAUCAACUUCCUGACCACGCAUGGCGUUUCACAGUUGUACGUGAUUGGCGGUGACGGUACCCACCGUGCUGCUAACAAGAUUUCGGAGGAGUGUCGUCGUCGGAAGCUGGCGGUUGCUGUCGCUGGGGUGCCGAAGACUAUCGACAACGAUGUGGAUCUUCUAGACCGAAGUUUUGGCUUCAACACGGCCGUGGAAGAGGCGCAGCGGGCCAUUCGUUCAGCCAGUACAGAGGCUCGUUGUGUGCCCAACGGCAUCGGCGUGGUCAAGCUAAUGGGACGAAGCUCCGGCUUCAUUGCUGCCCACGCAUCGCUCUCUAGCGGCGACGUGAAUCUGUGUCUGGUUCCGGAGAUCCCGAUCGAGCUGGACGGUCCGCGCAGCUGCUUAGACCACCUUGAGCAUGUCGUGGAAGAGCAAGGCCACGGUGUCGUUGUUGUCGCCGAGGGGGCCGGUGAAGAGCUGCUGGGCACUUCAGUGGAAGCUGAUGCUGGUGGUAACAAGAAGCUGCCACCUAUCGGCGCGUUCAUGAAGGACCGCAUCCAGGAGCAUUUUGCAAAGAAGGGCAAGGAGUGCACGGUCAAGUACAUUGAUCCGUCCUACAUGAUCCGUUCGGUGUCGGCGAAUGCUGCAGACAGUCUGUAUUGCAUGCUGCUGGGCCAGAAUGCUGUGCAUGGUGCUAUGGCUGGUUACACCGGCUUCACUGUCGGCCUCAGCGCUAACCGUGUCGUCUACUUUCCCAUUGAGGCUGUCACGCGCAACUCGCCGCGUUGCAUGGACCCGUUUGGCCGCACGUGGGAGCGUGUGCUGUGUCUGACGCGCCAGCCCAACUCGGCCCGCGAAGGUCACAUCAAGGGCGCCAAGUCCUCGGAUUAG